AUCUAGUACUUUCAAAAUCAUAAGCAAUCUCGAGAGAGAGACUUCCUAUUUAGUCUAUCCCGUCUCCCCCCUACUAGCUGCAUCUCUCUCUCUAGCGCUCUCUCUCUCUCUCUCUCUCUCUCUCUCUCUCUCUCUAGAGAUCUCUGUCUCUCUCUCACUCAUACUUGUUUCUUGUUUCUUGAAGAGAGCUAGCUGGAAAUGGGUAUGGUAGUGGUGAUAUCAUUGCCAUUUAUUCUCUUCUCAAUACUACUUGGUUUUGGGUGUUAUUUCCUUGGCAGAGCCAAAGGAAGAAAAGAAAUGUACACCAAUGCUCAAGUCUUUGGAUCCCCUACGCCACCACCAGGUAGCAGUACUAGUGCUGCUGCAGCCGCUGCUUCUUACCCUUCACCCUAUUUCAAACCACAAAACUCAGCCAAUGUUUGAUUGAGCGAUUCAUACAUCCCUUGAAGCAGGAUAGGCUGGAAAAAAGGGUCACAUUCUUUGAUUUUGUGUUGGAUAAGCAUUGCAUAUUAAUUUUCUGUUAAUCUACAGAUUUGUGUCUGGUAAUUCGUCGUGAUUAUAAACAUUCAAUCUCUUGUGUUCCUCGAUGUUGUAAAGCCCAAUUGAGAUGGGUCAUAUAUAUGUGAAUUGGUUCUAUAUAUGGUGAUCAGUGAGAUUGGUUAAUUAAA